AUGGCAACUGCAAUCGAAGCCAGAUCUCUGGCUCUGUUAACCACUGUUGCCUCGGACCCACCGCUCUACCCAAGAAACCCAACUCAGCUUCCACACGCCCCGCUGACCCUGUAUAUCGUGAGAGUUCCUGGUAGCAAAGAUGUCUUUCUGACCCCUCUGAAACCACGGGAAAAGGUCGUUAGUGCCGAAGACGUCCAGAGCUCCCUAUACUUCUUGCAUAUUGAUAUUCCAGAAGAUCAUCUUGUCGAAUUACCAGAGGAGGUUUCUGUUCCGGACACUCCUACUCUUCCGACAAUCAGUCGCAAACCACUACCGACACCUCCUAUCUCUCCCGCGGAGGGAUCUCCGAGACAAAGGAGUCCUGCAUUCGACACCAAACCACAGCUCGGCGUACCUCAGCGCAAACCGGUUCGUCAGAGUCUGGAUCUUCCGGAUAUUCCGCCACGACCUCCUAUGAGAAGUCCCCCAAGCCAGCAGGGCCAAUUCUCCAUGUAUGAACAUCCUGAUGAAAGACCAUUGUUCUCCAGGAGACCACUCAGCAAUCAGUUCCUGGAUCCAAGUCUUGUACCUGCCAGACCCUCGAUAAAUCCUCGCAGCUCUUAUGCUACAGUUGACACUAGCCGGUCUUCCUUCGAUGCAUCUUUGGCUCCUGAAGAUGAUGACCGCUGCGUCUCGCUGACUCUUAUUCGUCGAGAUCCGUCAUCAGGCUUCCAGUGGAAUGUAGCAAAAAUUCGUGAUCCGCCAGUCCAUGAAGUGACCUCGAUCAUGGGGGGCGAUGGCUCGGUCAAGAUCAAGAAAGCGGGAGCACCUUUGUUCCUUGAAAUCUACAAUCCGGGAUACUCCAAGUUCCUGCAAUUCGAUCAAACCAGGCCCAUCUCCCGAGAGAGUGCCGAUGUGGCCUCACUCUCACCGAGCCUAUCUUCCGAUCCUGACAACACAUUUCGUCGAAGGCUCUACAUGGAUGGAGCAAGGUUCGGUGAUCACUCCUAUGGACAUCGCAAGACUCCUUCAUGGAACGGCGAGCAGCAAACACAGCGUUCUUCUGUGCAGCUGAAUCGACAAAGCUUGCAGGCUGCACCAAAAGCUCUGGCGGAUAGAAGGAGCAAAGGCUAUACAUUCCGCAGUCCUUGGGGAGGGAAAUGCGAGUUCUCAACUGGCACGGCUGGCAGGUCAUUGAAGUGUAAGCACGUUCUUGAGAGCCCUUCAAGCGCAGCGACGGAAGUUAGUGAGCUGCGCUUCAACCUUCCAACAGGUGGCGGCACCAAGAGUACCGCAUCCACUGAUCCUGGAGCGAAGAGAUCAUCAGUGGUCUCACGGCCGAUUCUGCACAGGCACUCAACCUCGGACGAGCUUGCCAAUAGCCCUCUCCCUUCAAGCAUGGCAAAGUUCUUGGAUGAGUACGGUAACAUAGAUCUUUCUUUGGGACAAGAGCGUGCUGGAGGUGGGUUCCAGGGAAAACAGGCAAAGCUCGGAAAGCUCAUCAUCGAGGACGAAGGGGUCAAGAUGUUGGAUUUGAUCGUGGCAGCCAACAUGGCUCUCUGGUGGAGGGCGUAUGAGAGGAAGCACUGA